UCGCAUCGGCCAAGUCCUGGCUUGCUCGCUCCACGAGUUACGAUCGAACACGUCGCUACGCUAUUUAUUGAGCGGAGACAAACUGCCAGGUCCAAUGUUCACUUCGGGCUUCGAGCUGACUACCAUUGACUGCUGUACGUGAGCUGUACACAGUGCCUGCUGUUGUUCAAAUCAUUGUAAUAUUAUUGCGGUUGCAGCCCUGGAAUUGGAAGUAAUUUUAGCUGCUAAUCCUCAACUACUUUACAUUGGACUGUGGAUCCCUCUAAAGUAAAGGCAAAUUUAUAACUCUUCUGACUUCUCAAGUAACACAACUGUAUCAUUGACCAUGCCUCCAAAGAAGCGAGCAGCGAGCACUAAGGCUGGCGGGAAGGGGGCUAAAGCGGUGAAGAAAGAACCAGAUGAUGGAGGUCUGAAGGCUGCUGUUGAGAAACUGAAGACAGCAGACAAAGGAAAGAAAGUUACUCAUACUAAGGAUAGCCUGUGCAGCUGGCCUGGUACAGUGGUGGACGACUAUGACUGUAUGCUGAACCAAACAAAUAUAGGCCACAACAACAACAAGUUCUACCUGAUACAACUCUUGGAAUCUUACUCGGAGUAUGCUGUGUUUACACGAUGGGGAAGAGUGGUAAGUAAUCAUUUAUCAAUGUUAAAUCUGAGAUGUGUGGCCCUACGUGUUAUUCAGUGUCUAUGAUAUGGU